AUGAGCUCCGAGAUCGGGGGCCCGGUGCCUCGCAGCCCGGCCUUGAUGAGCCAGCAGCCGCCGCCGCCGCCCUCCGCCCUGGAGUCGCCCAGCAACAGCAGCAGCAACCACAGCAGCAGCAGCAACGCUUCCGCGUCCGCGCCGUCGAAAGCAAAGAAAGCCAGCUCAGGGCUACGGCGCCCGGAGAAGCCGCCCUAUUCGUACAUCGCGCUGAUCGUUAUGGCCAUCCAGAGCUCGCCGUCCAAGCGGCUGACUCUGAGCGAGAUCUACCAGUUCCUGCAGGCACGCUUCCCUUUCUUUCGGGGCGCUUACCAGGGCUGGAAGAACUCGGUGCGCCACAACCUCUCGCUCAACGAGUGCUUCAUCAAGCUGCCCAAAGGUCUGGGCCGACCCGGAAAGGGCCACUACUGGACAAUCGACCCGGCCAGCGAGUUUAUGUUCGAAGAAGGCUCCUUUCGACGGCGCCCGAGGGGCUUCCGAAGGAAAUGCCAGGCGCUCAAGCCCACUAUGUACCACCGCAUGGUGAACGGCCUGGGCUUCCUCCCUCAGGGCUUCGACUUCCAAGCGCCCCCCGCAGCCCCGCUGGGUUGCCACCCCAACGGCUACAACCCCCUGGACGUGAUGCAGGCCGGCGCCUACGAGGCCCAUCACGUCCCGCACAUGUCGCCCAACCCGGGCUCCACUUACAUGGCCAGCUGCCCGGUCCCUUCCAACGGCGGCGGCGCCGAUUACGGGCCGGACAGCAGCAGCAGCCCCGUGCCCUCCUCGCCGGCCAUGGCCAGCUCCAUCGAGUGUCACUCGCCCUAUGGUAGCCCCGCUGGACACUGGACCUCCUCGGCGGCCUCGCCCUAUCUCAAGCAGCAGGGCCUGCAGCCGCCCACCCCCACGGCCUCCACGGGCAUCCACUCCGGAGUGGCCUCCUACUCGCUGGAGCAAAGCUACCUGCACCAGAACGGCAGGGAAGACCUCUCAGUGGGGCUGCCUCGAUACCAGCAUCACCCCUCUCCGGUGUGUGACAGGAAAGAUUUCGUCCUCAAUUUCAACGGCAUCUCUUCCUUCCACCCGUCGGCCAGCGGCUCCUACUAUCACCACCACCAUCACCACCAAAGCGUCUGCCAAGACAUUAAGCCCUGCGUGAUGUGAACACUGACCUUGGGAGCCGUAUUGAAAGAAGAUCUGGGGGGAAGGGCAAGAGGAAAAGGCCCAAAGACUCGCUCAGAAGAUCACACGCAGCAGGAGGACUCGCGCGGAAGAAGUCCCGGAGUUCAGCGCUGCUCUCGUCUAGCUUUCCUUCGUAAGUACAGCACACCAGUCCCGCAAAGCAACCCUGCAUAAGGAAGCGGCGCCAGUGGGACGCACGCACGCUCCUUUUUCCGUCUCGCGAAACCCGAUCCUAAGCCCGUCCCGCUGAGUUCAAUGGGACUUACAGCGCAAUUCUCUACGUCUCCGCCCAGAAAUUAGCGCAGCUGAGCUCAGCGGGGCUUCCCAUUUUAAGAGCGUGUAGGAUAGCAGCCUUAGCCCCAGAGAAAUGUGCAUAGCAUU